AACACAUUAUUACAUCACAGUAUAACUGAGCAUUUUCGUGCGUGUAGUUUUACUCCGUUUGCUUCUUCUCGUUGUAUUUUCCGCAGUUGUUCUCAUUGUCAUUAUUGUUAAGAUAUAAGCCACGUUGUGUGCUGAAUAUUUGUGGUAUGUUACAGAUUUAUGAUUUCCAGUUGUGUGAUCUAUGUUAUAUGAAUGUGUGGUGUGGUGCAUGCCAAUACGGUAUGUUAUAUAACUACUUAGUUCCAUGGUGCAGUUUAUAAGUUUGUUGCUAUUUUCACUUUGCAGAAAUGUCUGGGGCAAAGAAAAGAAAGUAUUCAGAUGAAUAUAUCAAGUAUGGCUUCACUGUUAUAGAGAGGAAUGGAUUUCAUCUCCCUCAGUGUGUCAUAUGCCAUACAGUCCUCAGCAAUGACGACUUAAUACCUGGUCGUCUGGAGCGACAUUUGAGCACAAAGCAUUAAAAGAAAACCCAAAGGAGCUCUUCACAGCCAUACUGCAUGAGCUGAAUCGUAUGAAGCUGGACUCAAGCAGUGUUUUUCAUCAAGAAACGUGGAAACUGGUGGAAGCAUCUUACGAGCUGUCACUACUUAUUGCAAAAGCAAAGAAGCCUCACUCUGUGGGGGAAACUCUUGUAAAACCCUGCCUUUUGAGUGCUGCAAAUACUGUGCUUGGGGAAGAAAGCCAAAGAAAGUUAUCAAAGAUUUCCUUAUCAGAUAACACAGUGAAGCGUCGCAUUGACCAACUUUCAGAAGACAUAAAAGAACAAGUUUUGGACAAGAUAAAAGCAUCUCGCUUCUUUGCAAUACAGUGCGAUGAAAGUACUGAUGUUGCUCACCUCUGCCAGCUGCUUGUUUAUUCUCGAUUCGUGGAUGAAGGAACUGUGAAAGAAGAAAUUCUUUUCUCAGCAGCACUGGAGACAACAGCAAAGGCCAUCGAUGUUUUUUCAAAGGUUGAUGAGUUUUUCCAAGAGCACGGUCUUUCAUGGGAAAAAUUAGUCGGUGUUUGUACUGAUGGUGCCCCAUCAAUGAUUGGAUCUCGCUCUGGAUUUGUGAAGCUGGUGAAAGAAAAAAAUCCUGCUGUAACUGGGACUCACUGUGUUAUCCACAGACAGUCAUUAGCAAGCAAAACUCUGCCUAGUAAUCUACGCAGUUCACUGAAUUUGGCAAUAAAAGUGGUGAAUUUUGUAAAGAAUAGCUCUUUGAAUUCUAGGCUUUUCGCAGCUCUUUGCUCAGAUUUGGGCACUGAUUACAAGACUCUCCUGUUUCACACCGAAGUCCGCUGGCUUUCCAAGGGAAACAUGCUGAGUCGUCUUUACGAGCUCAAAGAUGAAGUGGAAAUUUUCUUGCAGAAGCAGAAACAAGACAAACUGUAUGAAGCAUUCAGAGAGGAAGACUUUCAGCUCUCAUACCUUGUGGACUUUUUUGAGGCUAUCAACAACCUCAAUUUGAAGUUACAAGGAAGAAACACAAACAUCAUUGCACACUCUGAUGUGAUCAGAGCUUUCACCGAAAAAAUUCAUCUUUGGAAACGAAAAGUACAAGUUGGGAACUUUUCAUCGUUCUCACAUCUGAAUGAGCUCUUAUCUGAGAAGAGAAACAUUGAGCAGUAUGACGUGACAAAAGAGGUUUUAUCACAUCUGCAUUCCCUUGCUGAGGAAUUUAUGCACUAUUUUCCAGAUGUCUCAAUGGAGAAUUCUCUUUGGACAUUGGUGCAGAAUCCAUUUAACACUGAUGUGGAGUUGUUACUGGAAUCACUGCAAGAGGAAGCCAUCGAUUUGAAAUGUGACUCCAGCGCGAAAAGGGACUUUGAAACAAUGAAGUUAGAAGAGUUUUGGGUGAAAUAUCUCCCCAUUUACCCAAAAGUAGGUGAAGAAGCACUUCGUGUGAUUCUUCCCUUUUCUUCUACUUAUCUUUGUGAAGCAGGAUUUUCAGCUCUUGUUGUUCUGAAAACAAAACAGCGCAACCGACUUGAUGUAGAAAAUGACUUGCGUUGUGCGCUGUCAUCCUUCAAUCCUAGAAUUUCUGAUCUUGUGAGGAAGAAGCAGCAGCAUCCAUCUCACUAAAUUAGUU